AUGUUGCACUCGACUUUCACUCUUUCUCUCUUCACGGCCGUAGUGUCGGCGCUUUCUGAGAGCAGUCUCAAGACCCACGUUGGAUCUCUGUCGCUCUCGUCUAGCUUCAACCCAGUGAAGGAUGCUUACUGGACUGGCUACCCUCACCAUCGCCGCACGCCUUUUGCCGUUUCACCGGAUGGAAAGUCUGCAUACCUCGCCUACCUAGACUCCAGCGAUACUGGUGUUCACAUUCAGGAGGUCGACCCUUCCACCUUUGCUUCCGUCGGUACCGCGGUGUCUGUGAGCACUGGUAAGGAGGCUGGUGGACUUGUAGCUCACAACGAUGGUUUCGCUCUUCUAACCAACGAGGCGGUUUCCGGUGUCACAGAUCCGGUCGCUGUGCUCUACCGCUACACUUCCGGCAAACAAUCCUGGAAGACCUUUCUCGGUGGCCCAGAUGUUGAGAACAGCAGCGGCCACACUGCCUCUCCUGAUCUGAAUGGUGACCUUGCAUACUCUGAGACCGCGAAGACAUAUGGUGCUUACUUUGUCGUCACUGCUUACGAUGGAUCCGCCAGUGGCCACUUUGGCGACACUAUCCAGUACGUCUCCGAUGAUGGUACCCUGAAGAACAUUGCCGGUGCUACGAGCAACGGAUUCGGAUGUUCGCACAACACCGGUAUUGCUUUUGAGGCUGCCGACGAGGCUCCUUUCGCCAGUAUCUGCGCCGAAGACCAGGGAAACAUCUGGUUGAACACCGAGACUCAGUACAUGUCUGGAGUGCGCGUUUCGAACGAAAAUGUCACCAACGGUGCGUCCAACGAGGCCAUGGGUGGAAUGAGCGGAUCGUACAGCAAUCUCGCCCGAUUUGUCGACAGCGACGAAUACAUCUUCACCUGGGUCUCCAAGGGUGCGAAGGACCUCACCACUAAUGACUGGCUUGGUGCCCCUUACACCCAUUCCGUCAAUCGCACCGCCAACCGUAACGUUGCCAUCGCUCGCUUCUCGGACAAGAAGACCCUCAUCGGCGAGCAGGCUACCCAGGAGCUUGGUGGUUCCGGCGAUGACCAAGUCAACUGGAUUACAACUGGUACUGCUGAUCACUCUAACGCCCAUGUCGCCGCUUUUGACAAAAGCAAUGCGCUUGUUACCUGGGAGGAAAUUGCUGAGCCCAACUGCCCGCUCGUUGCUUUCGGUUGCGAGGGCACUUUCACCGGUUCUUACUUCCAGCUUGUCAACAACGGCGAGAAGGUUGGCGAGGCCGUUAAGAGCACCAACGUCUACGUUGCUGGUGAUAUGGUGACGAUGAGCGAUGGCAGGAUCUGUUGGCCUUACGUCGACAUGGACUGGAGCCUCAAUGCUGCCAGCCAGGGGGGCUGGUUUAAGAGGGCUGACAGCGUUUCCGAAAUCAGCUUUGCCUGCAUGAGCAACAGUGGCUCUGUCUCUGACUCCAGCAGCUCUACUUCCGUUGCCCCUUCCUCUGCCCCCACUAGCUCUGCCACCCCUGCCGCCUCGAGCAAGGCUCCCGCUACAUCGGCUGUUCAGUCUUCGGCCGCAGCCACUGGCGUCGAUGAGGUCGCUAUCUCCACCGCCGCCCCCAUUACCGAGACCUCCGCUGCCGCCCCUAUCGCAUCCUCCACCGCUGCCGCAGGAGAUGCUGACAGUGCCCUUCCCUCCCUAGUCCUCGAAAGCUCCGGUGCUCCUGCCGCCUCUGCCAGCACGACUGGUAUCGCUCCGGCGCCCACCACCACCAACAACGCCGCUUUCCAGAGCUCAAUCCUCAUCCAGUCUAGCACAGCUUCCGAUCAGCCUACGUCUUCCGUUGCUACAGUCUCGCUUCCGGCUUCCGUAAUCAACUCCGCAGCGCCGGCACCUAUCAUCAGCUCGAGCUUCGAUGUCUGUGCACCUGUCGCCACUACGACCGUUGUUCAGAAGGAGGUCGUCACUGUGACCGUGAGCCCCUCCUCUGCUGUCCAACCUGUCGAGCCCAGCACUCCCGCUUCUGAGGCAUCAUCUUCACCUGCAGCCACCUCCGAGGCAGGCUCCAGCAACGUCCCAUACCCCCUUUCCUCAGGCACUGGCCGCCAUCCUCACCGCCCAUAUCCCACUGGCGUUUUCCCCAGCAGUUGGUUCCCGUUCCCUAGCGGCGGAUUCAGCGGUCGUCCUCGUCCCACGGGCGGCUUUGGUGGUCGCCCCACGGGCGGAUUCCCUGCCCCCAGCGGUUUCCUCACGCAGACUAAACUUGCAACUGAGGCUGCUGCUUCUACCUCAGCUGCCUCAUCUUCUGCGGCUCCCGCCAUCCCCGUUCACGGCUCGUACUAA